CUCAAUUACUAAAGUAUCCCUUAAAAAUGGCGGCCUACUGCAGCAAAUCUAAAUACUACUGUUAAAUUGCUUUUCUAUGCCGCAUAUUUUGAAGUCAAGAAUUUCUCAUUAAUCCCCAUUUUGCAGCGACGACACUAACUGGUCUUGAAAAUGUCAGACACAUGGAGUGAUCUCCAGGCCUUGAAAAACAAGCAAAAUACCUUUCGGGCAAAGCUUCUACAGCGGAAGAAAGAAAGAGAAGGCUUGGUGGCCGAACUUCAGGGAGGUCAGCUGUCAAGUUCUGUGAGCAGUUCUUCGUCAAUUACUGCUUCUACUUCGGCUUCAUCUACAGAAACAAGUUCAGCUCCACAUGUCGCCUCAUCAUCUGCCUCCUCAGCUCUGAGUUCCUCCACAGUCCAGUCAAUAGCAUCCCCAAACUCUGCCUUUGUAGAGCCAAUCAAGGUGGAUCCAGAGAUAGAGAAAAAGCUGCUCCUUGUACUCUGUGACAUUAGCCUUGACAUUCCCUCUGAGGCAAGCAUUAUUGCUGAGCAUACUUCACGGACACUUGGCAGGAAAGUGGAGCUCUCAAUCAUCGAAGUUUUGCUAAGGAAGUUGGCAGCCCGGUCACUAAUCAGCAUUGUUUCUAAAGAUGGUGAUGGAAAAAAUCGGCUGACUGUCAAUUCCCUGGACAUUUCCAAGCUAGAGGCACUCUUGGACGAAAAGUCUGACCAGUCAUCAAGAAAGCGUGGUCAUGAUGAUGAUGGUGAUUUUGAACCACAGCCAUUUUCAAAGAAGGCUAAGAAUGUGGAUGAUAUUGAGAGUCUGCUGUCCACGCAGUCAGCCCGGGAACGAGAAGAGAAAAAAGUUAAUGAAGAGAUUCAGCAACUUCUCAGUAAGCCUACAGCAAAGGAAAAGUAUCUGGUGGAAAAGUUUAAAACUCCAGGAGGUGCUCAGCUCAAAGAGUUUUGCCCAUAUGGUGUGAAAGAUGAAUGUCUAAAAUUCUCUCAGCAGACAGGAACAGUUUGCAAUAAGCUUCACUUCAAGAAAAUUAUCCAGAAACACACAGAUGAAUCUCUUGGGGAUUGUUCUUUCUUAAACACCUGUUUCCACAUGGAUACCUGUAAGUAUGUCCACUACGAGAUUGAGACUGGUUCAGCAAAUGAAGCAACAGUGCUAAAGAAAGAAACUGGAGUAUCCAAAAAACUCCCCGAGGCUGGCAUGGGAGAUAAUUCCAUUCACAUGUUUCCUCCUCAAUGGAUUCAAUGCGACUUGCGAUUCUUUGAUAUGACCACGUUGGGCAAGUGUGCUGUAGUGAUGGCUGAUCCUCCUUGGGAUAUUCACAUGGAACUUCCAUAUGGCACAAUGGGUGAUGAUGAAAUGAGACGACUUGAUAUUCCAGCUCUACAGGAUGAAGGAUUUAUCUUCCUUUGGGUUACUGGCAGAGCCAUGGAACUUGGCCGUGAAUGUCUGGAACUUUGGGGGUACAAACGGUGUGAUGAAAUCAUCUGGGUUAAAACAAACCAGUUACAAAGAAUCAUUCGAACUGGUCGCACGGGUCACUGGUUGAACCAUGGCAAAGAGCACUGCCUUGUUGGAGUAAAGGGAAACCCUAAAGGUGUAAACAAAGGACUUGACUGUGAUGUUAUAGUUGCUGAGGUAAGGGCCACUAGCCACAAGCCAGAUGAAAUCUACGGUAUCAUAGAACGGCUGUCACCAGGGACACGCAAGGUGGAGCUGUUUGGGCGGCCACAUAAUGUUCAACCCAACUGGAUCACCCUUGGCAAUCAGCUGGAAGGAGUAUGUUUGAAAGACCCAGACAUUGUUCGACUCUUCAGGGAAAAAUAUCCAGAUGGAAACUGCAUGGAGCCACCAAAGAAUAGAUAGAACAGCAGAAAAAGGUGGACAUUUACUCAAAGCGUAUGGGCCACUGCCAACCACCCCACCCAGUGAUUUUAUUUUUUUAAGGAUGUGGGUGUAAACAGAGCUAGGACUACUGUUUUUUUACAGGAAAAUACGACAUUGACAAUAUGGGGAGAUGGUGAAAGAGCUGAUUACGGCUAACCCUAACCCAAAUGCUUUUUACCACUUUGGACUCUAGAUCCAAAGUUACAUGGGCAACAUACCAUCAUCAAUGCCUGUAUUUCCAAUUGUUUCAUUGAAGAUGAAAUUUUAUCUUCUUCUGGUGCAAACUUUAGAACAAAUUUAACACAAUAAUAUUCUAAUAAAAAAUGACUCAAA